AAAUGCAUGGCGUGUCGCAAAGGGAUGAAAAUUACGACGUGUCCUUAAAGCGUAAAAUUCGUUCGGGAGGCGAAAGCCGUGGCGUCGAUAAAGCAACGGUCGCCUCUCUCGAUGUAGCAGAAGCGUGAAGGGUUAAUGAAUGGAUAUUCAGGCGAAUCCGUGCAAACCACGGGCCGUCACGCCGGUGUCCGUAGGUGAAUGGGAAACGAGUCGCGAGCGGUCACAUCAUAAAUCGUCAUCGACGCGGCGGAUUGAUCGAUAUUGCGCCCCGCACCCGUGUCAAAAUUACACAGAGAUAACAAAUUAAUUUUCCGAUCGCCUCGCGAAACCCGUCGAACGCACCCGUUCGUGCUCGUUCCGGCAAAUUUACUCGCUGAACACGAUUUUCUCUUUAUGAAGUCUCGUUCGGAUUAACUUACUCAACUUCGCUUCGAGUUUGGGCCCGUACAAGUUGAGUUAUGUAACUUUAAGCCUAUGUUCGAGCUGUGGUAAUCCGACACGGGUAUUUAAAGCUUCCUUCAAAUCGAUUCGAGGUAACUUGACUUCAAACUUAUCUUCGUACGAAUCGAAUUACAUAUUUCAUUUAAAGUCGGUUAAGUUUAAGUAACCUGAUACGGAUAUGUGUAAAGCUUCGUUCAGAUUAGUCAAGUCGUUGGAAUUCAAGUAACUUGGCAAACCUAAACGAGACUUACAUUCGUGUUUAAUGCGACCUUUUCACGGCAAUCGACUUCUUCCAUCGUAUCUACGUAUCAAGGUAAGUGGAAUGUCUGAAAGCAACAGCGUGAAACAGCUAGAAAGCAGCCUGUUUUAUAUUUGUUCUGCUUGUUAUUCGACGCUGGUCUUGAAAUCGUUCCGAGGAAUCGCCUAGCACAGCAAUUUCGUCCACUCAGAUUGAAAUGAAGCACACGUGACAAUAGCCGUCUCGAUGGCCGGAUCUCAUUCUGCAGCCAGUAUUCCAGUUUGUCCGUUUGGCCUGUUUGCUUGCACGGUACGCCUGCGACAUUAUUCGAGCGACAAUAACUGGCCCUAUGCUCGGUGAACGAAUUUUUCGAACAAACGACCGAUUACAAAUGCGUGUUGUCCUGCUCGAUAACAAGAGACGCAAACAAACGAUAGUCGAAAACUCGUAUGAUUCGUAAUCUUAGCUUUCAAAGAGGCCCGAGUACAAUUCGUAAUGCGGAUAGAGUAAAGAUGAUUUCUCAAUGUAGAUUUUCGUGUUAUACGAGAAAACGAGAAAAGAUGCAAUUUGAAAUUAAUGAGAAGAAAUUUAAAACGUGUAUACUGUACAAUUAGUAUCCUCGCGCGUUCUGUCUUUUAUAAACAAAAUUUCAAUUUUACAAAUAAAAGUUAUUUAAAAGGUAUGUUACAUUGAAGAAACAGAAAGAAGGGGACUUUGAAUUAUUCGUACGAUUAAAUCCACAUUCAACUUCCCGAGGAAAUAAACUGGUUGCAGUUUGAAGACGAUUUUGACGAAACCCAGAGGUUGUUCAGUGCAAAAAUAUCGCGCGAAAUAUUUAACAUGUAUAUAGGAGCGUCGUUAAUAUAAACAAUUGGUUGGAAGGCUACGAAGAUAGAUUUUCGGCAGAUGAGAGCAUAAACUUCUCGAGUAUUUUUCGCGUAAAAACCUUCGAUCGUGUUCCGAUAUUAUUCGAAAUUAAAUACGGAAGUACCUUGAAACAAUGAAAACUAAUAAUAGCGGCUGCUUUUCGCGCGGUUUAUUUAUUUCCAGCGGAAUUUCCUUGUCGGCUUUAAAUAUGAGCGUUCGACGACUGGUCGAGCUGCAAGAAUUAUAUUUUCCAUAAUUAUUUCGAUUUUCCUGCUUGAAAUUUUAUAUCGUAGUAUUUAUGAUAAAACACAGAUAAAUUGAAGAUCAGCUCGUUCAUUAAGAUCAGUUCACAGGCCAAUUCGCUAGAAUAAAAUUAUUUGGUUCUUUAUAUUAUUUAUACCAAGUGGACUUGUUCAAUUAUGCGUUUCUAUUAUCAUAUAAGUGAAUUUAAUUAACUGACAAGUGUUUGCAAUUUUUCUUCGCACUGAACUGUCUGAAGGGUUUUAAUUCUUUGCACUCCAAUUCUAUUAGAACGAUUGAAAGUGAGAAUCUUAAAUUACCUUUUAUUACAGUUUAUUAUUCAAUUUGUAAAUUACAUUCAUAAAAUUCAGGUAAAAAUCUUUAUUAUUCACAUUACCUCAAGAAAGUUUAAAAUUCUUGAAGAUAGUAAUUGAAUUAAUACGUUCGGAGAGACUUAUUCGUCAUUGUUCGAGAAGCUUAAUGUUGCUAGUUUGUAGGAAUACUUUCUAUAGAUAUCAAUAUCAAGUCAAAAAUCGAUACUUCAUAAUUGCAAUGUACCCUCUAACUUUAUGAGGUGCAUCGGUCGAUAUCAAGUAUCAAAUCAAUACAGGGUGUACCGCAAUUGCCCCACGAAACGAUAUACUGUAAAUUUCGAAACACUUUGUACAAUAUAAUCGAUAAAUGGCAUAACUGAGAAAUUAUUUCGACGAUAUAUUCUAGAAAAAAAACUUAGAAACACCCGGUAUCGGUAUAGUAGAUACCCCAAGUUCCAAUAAUUCUCACUUAACACGCAACGAUAUCCACAUAAAAUUAAAAAUGAUAUAUCAUUAAUUGGAAGGAGUAGCUCCUAUCGAUAUCAAAUAUCUAGACAAAAUUUCUAUAUGAAUGUCUAUAAAUCGUAAAAUGCGAGCAAAGAUGAAUUGGAGUGGAAAGAGUGAAACUCGAGCAUAAGUAGCGGCCGGUUGUCUUUUGUUUUAGUUGGUUUCCCCUAUGUUUGCCCGAGUUUCGGCUUUGCAUGGCACGUUGCAUCAUCACCAUCGUCAUCAUCAUCGUUCGGUACAGAGCUCGCCAUGUCCCUCGCGGUCGCCUAGCAGAACGGCGUCUCUCUGCGACGCUAGUUCCGGUUAUGAAUCGACCAGGAGCCACCUAGGCCCUCACUAUAGCGACUACAACAUGCCCAGGAAUAAUUCGCCUGUGUUGAAAUACAACAGCCUAAAGCCACGACGAAGGAAGCACAAACGUUCGCAAUUCUAUUCACUGAGAAUGUGUCGCAGGCACGAGAACAACGUGCACAGGAAGUAUCAGCUUUACGCUAUUCCGAUAUACAAGUGCCCUCAUAAGAACGGAAGUACCAGUACGAUCACGACUAUCGUCAGAUCUGGUACACCGUCUUUAUCCACCAACCAAUCGGAUCAGAAUCAAAAUUUUAAUGAAAGUUCGAACGAAAGUCGUUCGAACAAGGAUCAAUCGGACGAGAAACAGUCGAAUCCGACAGUGGCACCGCCACCGCCGAUUCCAGCGCCAAGAAAGUUGAAGAAGACCGAUCCCUCGAAGCACACCUAUCAAAACGUCCCCCCUCCCGUUUUUCCACCGAAAAACAUCUCGUUGCCGAGGACCAAGGUUUGUCGACUACUCGUGUUCCUUCCUAUGUACGUUAAGUACCCGUAUUCGUAGCAGUUCGUGAAGAACCGUUGCUGCCGCCCCCCAGGAGAUCGCUCGUUUCUUGCGAAGCUGUUGAAACGAACACACUGGGAUUGAUCGUCCGCAGGGUGAUCGAUCGAUCGGACCAAUCGUUCGUUCUUGUGUUCUAUCUACGUAUCUAUCUUGUUUUUACAACAUGUUUUUCGAGCUGGAUAAGAUGCAUGUUCUUUGAAGGACGGGUUUAUUUACAGUGGGAGAGAAAAAUGGAGAGGAUUUGUGGAACAUUUGUUUGAUUGGUUUGAUCAUGCGUUUUGAAGGAAUGUUAUGUAGUUUUGAAAGGAAAUAUAUCGUAAUACUGUUAGGUAACAGGAUGUGCCACGUAAUCGGAACAGAGCUGUAGAAGGAAAGAUUUGAUUAUUAAAUAAAAUUACAGAAAAAGGUUAGAUAUUCAAUUUUUCCACCGAAUAAAAUCAUUUUCCAUUCGCGAGAUAAUAAUGUCACUAAUCAGCGAUUUCUAUUCGAUUAAUUUCCUAUUGAUUUAAGAUACAGCGCCUGUAUGAUUUUCAUGUCGCGAUCAGUCAACAUUUUAAAAACAAAUGAUUAACGUUAAGAAAUUAAAAGACAAGGGCUUUGUUUAACAAACAUGUUAUGAUCGAAAAAUCAAAUUUUCGCCAUUUCCAUUCUUUCAUGCAUCUUAAUUACCAACUCGGUCGAUAUUCAACGAUUGUUCAAUAUCAGCCAACGAUCUCACUCGUUCGAUCACAUCCCAUCGACCUCGUGUAAUUAGUCUACGCUUGGUUCGACCAUUUUCUUGAAUUACCCACUGCUCAAGUCGUAUAAUGAACCAACGACGUUUAUUCAAGAGUAGAAGCGAAAGAAUUUUAAAAUUCAUAAGUAUUAGUCAUUUGUUUAAAUACUUUAAAUUAAACAAUCCUCUUUUAUUUAUAUCGCUGUUGAAUAACAUUUGGAAGAAAAGCUACGUUAUACGUAUUUUGUGCAUAGUUAUUUAUGCAUUGCUCGAUUAUGGUAUAAGUUAUAGUACUUUUGUGGUAUAUUUUGAAAAAAGAAAAUAUAUAUAUAUAUAUGUAAUCCCAACAGUUCUGAGAUGACAAUUUAUGUUUUGCAAUUGAAUUUUUUUCUACCAUUUUAUCGCGACCAAGAUUUAGGCAGCAGCAACGAUGUUCUGGAACAUUGCAUACAAAAGUAAAUCCUAUCCCUUAAGCACCAGUUUCUAAUAAUUAGCAUCGCACCUACUGCAUGAGUACGAUUUACGUGUCCGCAAUAGAUAUAAAACAGCAGCUUCGAGCAAAUAGGAGGUAGAGUUGCCGGAGUUGCCGAGUUAUAAUCGGAAAUCAUAUUUUCCCUGCUAAGCUGGAUCUGGCCACCUAUGUAGCGACCGUCCUUG